CAAUCAUAUCGACACCUUCUUCAAAAGCUCUUUUGCUUUUUCUCAUCUCCUUUUGCUUUUUUUCUUUCUCUAAUUUCAUUAAUUAUGGUUACUGUAAAGGCCUUCUCUUUAAAUCCUUUACCACAACAAUUCUUACUUCUUUGUUGUGGUGGCCAAUGGCGAUGGCAGAGGAGCAGCAUCAGAAUUAUCCUGUGGCUGAGGUUGUUCCGGGUACGCCUGGGAUCCGUGAGCUGAUGAUCCAACCCGGGUUCUCUGUUGAUCCGGUUGGUGUUUCUAAUGGGAUUAGGAGAGUUGGUCUGAGAGCUGAAAUCGAUACUUCUCCUCCGUUCGGGUCCGUUCAGGAGGCGGUCACCCGCUUCGGUGGUCGUGGCUCUUGGGUUCCUUUCAAGCUCGAAGACAGUUUCAAUGGAGAAUUUGACAUAAAGAGAAUGGAAGAGCAUGCAGCGGAGCUUGAGAAGGAUCUGAUUGUGAAAGAGCUGGAAACUCUGGAUGUUUUAGAAGCACUUGGAUCAACAAAAAGGAUUGUUGAAGACUUGAAGCGGCAGCUUCAGCAAGAAGCUCUUAGAUGUACUGAACAUCUCGGUUCAGAUAUCAAAGAGAUGAAUGAUGAACAUUGCCAUCACAAUCCCAUGUCAUCUCCUGAUUUGAUCCUUAUCGAGUUGAAGCAAGCCAAGAUGAAUCUUGGUAAAACCAUGAAUGAUCUUGUAGUGAUCCAAUCCUCCGUCGAGACUCUGAAUAAGAAAAUGAAAGAAGAAAAAGAUUUCCUUGACAAGACACGGGCAAAGCUAACGUAUGGGUUUGGAGGACCGCUAUCUCUAGCUGAGGAGCUGAGUCGGAUCAAGGUAAAACCACAGGUUCCAGAUGAACCACUUAGGGAACAGGUUAAGAUGGUUUCUGUAACCGAUGAACCGGGUUUAAACCUGCAGAACAAGAACUCUCUGAGAACUGCAGAGAUGAGACUAGUUGCUGCUAGAAAAAUGGAGGAAGCUGCAAGAGCAGCUGAAGCACUCGCUCUAGCUGAAAUAACAAUGUUAUCAUCCAACGAUGACAGCCAGGAUGAUGACUCGGAAUUUUGCUUCCCAGAGCCUCCAAGAUCUCCUGUAACACCGAGAGGAUUAAGGAUCGAUAAUGACUACCCCACAGAUAAUAGCUCAAGCAGAGGAAUUUUAAAGAAGCUUGAGGAAGCUACUGAAGGAGUCAAACAAAGUAAACAAGCUUUAGAAGCUGCGUUAAACAGAGUAGAGAUUGCUAAUGUGAAGCAACUUGCAGCUGAAAAUGCUUUCCGCGGGUGGACAAAAGACUCAUCCAAAGCCGGUAACAGAACACCUUUGAAUCAUACAAGACGUUCCUUCUUCAGCCAUUUGAACAAGCACCAUGAGCCACUUGACAAUCUACCAAAGCCUGUGUUAAAGUCUAAUGUCUCAAUGCGCGAUGUUCUAAGGCGUAAGCAAGUUCCAAAGGAAGAUGUUGUUGUUCCUGAGAGGCAGAGCCUUGAAGGGCAACUCCCGAGGCGGAAUGCGAAUUUGAGCCAAAUGUUGAAGGAGUUGAAGCAAGAUGUAAAGUUUUCGACACGAGCGGAGAAAGAGGAGGUGCAUGAAGAGAAACAGUACGUCACACAGAGGAGAAAGUUUGGUUUCAUACACAUUACACUUCCAUUGCAUAAGCAGAACAAGAAAAAAACAAGCAUUUGAACAGGAACACCUUCCACUAUUUCUAUUUUUAUCCCUUAUUAUUUUGUUUGUAAUUGGUGUUUAUUCUGGUUUGAUGUGGUGUGAUUGCUUUUACCUGUUUUUUUUUUUAAUUUUUGCUUUCCAACCAAUAAAUAUACAUUUUUUAGUCUUUGAAUAAAACAUAAUGCUUUGAGUCUAA